CGAGCCGAAUCAGUCAGCAACGAACAUCGUCUGUGACUAGACGUAUACAAUUUGUCACUUAAAUCCAUGUCGCAAGUGAUAUUUACAAAAUAGCUCCCGUGAAUGACGUGCUCUAUGUAUUUGAUCAGCAUAAAUUUACAAAAUUUUAUCUAGUGUAGUGUGAAGUGAAGAGUGAGUAUUUUUAAACAAAUAAUAUACGGAACUACCAACCGGCUUCUUAUUUUCUACUUGGAUUGAACAUUGGGGCGGUCGAAAGCAAAUAUCUUCAAGAGUGCAAAUACCUUUUAUUUUUGUUAAACCUCUCCAGCUUGAGAUAGAAAAAGGAGAUACAGAAAGACGUGGGAUACUGAAAAAUUUAACAGUUGAACUUUUGUGUGAGAUAAAAGAUGAAGGUAGUGGUAGUUUUGUACCUAAUUCUGCACUGUGCCUUGCCACUGAUUUCCGGAAAAGUGUCUACCGGUGGAAACAGCGUGGAAGUGACGAAGGACAACGAAGGAAAGUUUCCCAGCAAAUCGAAUUCACUCCGUGACUCGGUUUCUAAGAGCCAUGUCAAGGGGAAUGAUAGGGAGGAUGAUGUACUAGAGAACUGGAAAUUGGACCCGUCCCAAGCCACUCCACCCAAAUUAUUUACCGCCUACAAGGAGACAUAUAUUACGAAGGCAGCAGCAAUGAAAUUUUUGCAGAAAAUACGUUCAUUGAAAAAACCAUACACGGAUAAGGACUACGAUGACCUACUUCAGGAAAUUAUGCUGGAACCAAAGCCCACAUCUAAAUACUCAAUCUACGAUAAGAAGUAUUUUGACUAUUUGCCAUCGGAUCACUUCGACAUGAAACUGGACCAGAGCCAAUCUGACCAAAACACUCAUAAGCCCCAUCAUCAACACCGGCAUCACCGUCAUCAUCAAAGGAAGGAGCGCUCCAAGAGACAUACUAGAGAGGACGAGAAGAAACUAGAGAAGAGGCAAACAGACACUCAGUGGUCCCGGCAUUUUCUGGAACACGAAAGGCGUCACUAUGAGCAACUGAGGCGCGAUUUUGAGCUGGAAAGAAAUCAAGGAUAUUUGCAAUCAUAUCAGCCUGCAAUCUACGCACAGCCAUUUAUCCCUGUGAGUGCUGAUCCCAACAAUCCGUGGAACAAUCCUUCGUACCGGCCUCAGCUCAACAAUUACUACCUUCCACCUGAUCCUAGUCAAUUUAUUGUGCAUCCCCAGCAGACUUUCAUAAGUUAUCCUAUCCCGGGGGUUGUCUACAAUCCACCCCACCCGCCACAGAAUCCACCCAGCACUCAGGGUACCAAACCACAGACUACGUCUCCAUCUGAGUCCGAAGGAAUGUCACCUAGUGGUAUGACCGUUAUGACAGGAACCCGGUUUGGUGAAGAUGAAGACCAACCACCAGUGUGGGAUGUUGUAGACAAACCAUCUAGGCUUGCUCCCGGUAGCCCCAGCCAAUCUUUCUCCCCGGCCACCACAAGGCGUCCCUCACCCCCCGUAAUACGUGAUAAUGAAGAUUACUAUGAUGAUCUCACGGCGUCAAAUAGAAUCCCUCAAGGUGACACGAAUCAAGGUGUGCGCACCACGACGAGACGCCCACCGCCUCCACUCAUCCACAACAGCGAGGACUACGAGGAUGAUGACUUGCCUGGCAACUCCGGAAGUUCUCAGCGUCUUCCAUCCAGUCAGUCCAAUUCCAAUCAACUUGCCUUCUUGAACUAGGGAGUGGAAACGUAGGACAGCCGAGGCCAAAUCUGCCAGAGAGACGUCCAGCUCCGGCCUCACCGGCCCCCACAAGGCCGCCCCAGGCCGAAGGUCCAUCCAGAUGCGUCUGGGCCAUUGUUAAUUGCUGCACCCCACGGAAUCCAUCCGUUAGAUAUGCCUGUUUUGAACGAGUGGGCUGCACUGGAGUCUUCUGGGAUCUCAAUCCCUGCAGCGAUGUUGUUGUCCAAGCGGCCAUUGAUGAGACCAAUCGAUACUUCAAUUAAAUCAUCCGGGCAGACCCUGUGAUUAGUACCUCCUCAAAAGCAAAAACAACAAAUUUCACCUCACAAAAUUCACUCUAUUAAUCAGCAUUUAUGCUGUGCACUUUAUUUAUCAUCGACCUCAAAGGCGAGACAUGAAGAGAAUUUAUUAAUUUAAUAUUUACACUCCUCUGAGCAGAUUCAGGAAUUUGCUAAUUUUAUCAUACUGCAUGAUAUAACAGUAAUAGCAUUUUAUAGUUAGGUAUUUCACUCUAUUGUAAGUAUUAUGUAUAAGAAUAUUUUGUAAAUAGCAAACAAUAAAUAUUUUAUAGAAGAA